ACAACGUCACAUCGCUUCGAGAUAAAACCACAGAAUAAACCGAUUAAAACAUCAUACAAACGAGUAAAACACUUGUUACAGUCGCAUCACGAACGUGGCACUACAAUGCGCUGCAUAUUAGAACCGCCCAACGCCUUAAAACAGUAAAAUCUUGUAAUUAAAACAAAUUAACCUCACAUUUUUUGCCAUCAUGACCGAAUUUCGCUUCGGAUUUCCAUGGCAUUACCACGAAGACGUCGAGAAGAAACUCUACGACAUCCAGACACAUGAUUUAGCCAUCGAUCAUCAUGUUCUGCAGCGUAAGUCGACUAAUAGCAUAUAUUGCCUGCAAUGUUGCACAGAAUUAGAGUAUCCAAUCAGUAAAGAAGCUCUGGCGGCACAUUUUGUUAAUCAUAAUGUAACAGAAGAACAAUUGGAAGCAUUUGAGGCAUAUCAUGCAUUAUUCAAGAAAUUUGGAGUAAAACAACAGCUCCAGCAAGUAUUUUAUCAACCACUUGAUGGAUACAGUGUGAAAUGCACACUUUGCGAGCAUAUUAAUGAAGUGAAUUCAUUUAUAAGUCAUCAUAAAAGCCCUGCACACUACAAAAAGGUGACAAAACAUGGUAGAAGGUAUAAUUUUGAUAUGCCACCCAAAAAACAUAAUAAAAAGCCUCAGAACAAUGUAAAUCUUGAUGAAUUGAAUGAUUUAUCCACUUUGACGCUGAAUGAUAAUCAACCAAAGCCUAAAACCAAGAAAAAACAGAAUAGAAAGAGAAAUAAUAAGCCUCAGGAUAAUGGUGUAGGUGAAACUGAUGAAACUGAUGAAAUAAUUAAAAAUGAUGAUUGUUUUGAUGAGGGGAUGAUUUUUCAUCAGUGUAAUCAGUUGGUUUUCUGUAUGAUAUGUAAAAUGCCAGUGGUGGCAAAUGAUGGACAUGAAACAAGUGAGAAUCACUUGAAUUCUUUGGACAUUUUGAGGACUGGUAAACCAACGAAGGUUUUGUUUAAUGCGUUGAUGGCUUACGAUGCGGCAUGGCGGACGAAAUUGGCAAAUGUUGCUGAAUAUAAGAAGUAUUUCGUUGCGCAGAGUAAAUCAGCGUUUCGGUGUCUGUUUUGUGAUCUGCAGAUUCCUAUUGUUAAUCUACUGCAGCACAUUGAUAAUUUUCCAUGUGUGUUUCUAUCGGUUGGUGAUUUGAGAUACGACUCCAGUAUGAAUUACAAGCAACUACGUGCUGACUUCGUCACAAAAAACUGCCCAAAACAACCGCAUUCAGACGAAAUCUUAGAAAAAUUCUAUUCACCCAGAGAUUUCUUCGAUCAUCAUCUACAACUGGACGGGUUAAACGUCUACACGCUACAAAAACGUGUAGACAUCAUCUUUUGCCUAAUAUGUGGUGAAAACAUCACUAAACUAACAGAAAACGAUGACAUAACCUAUAAAAACGACGUUCUGGAGCAUAUUACAAGCAAAAUACACGUGAACAACAUCAAUCUAAAGACGAGAAUCCUCCAACUGUAUACAUAUCAUAAUUAUUUCACACUUCGUGCUAAACAACACGCUGAAUUACAAUAUUUGCUGAAUCCAUUCAAAAAAGAGAGGUUACAAUGCGCCGCAUGUAAAUCAUCACAUAACCUCAAACAAAUCGUUGCGCAUUUAAACGAAUGUCGUUUUCUUGAUGAAAAUAUCGAUGAAAAACAUAAGGAAGUAAUUGAAAACGAUGUUGCUAUCUCAACAUCAGCAUCAACAUCAACAGUUUCAUCCAAUAAUCCACCACCGAUGUUCUACGAUGAUGAAACCAUGAUGGCGCUGUAUCCGACUUGUAAUACACCACGUGGUCAACGACGGCCGGAGAUUCUCACCGUACAGAAACGCACGGACUUUGAAAAGUUUUGCCUUGCGUGCUGCUGCAGUUUGUAUAUGCGUGGUGUUGAGCAUAUCAGCAGUGAGAAGCAUGAGAAGAUGCUGAACAAGAAGCGAGUCGCAUUGAGAGCGUAUCAUAACUUCUGGAUGGCGAAGAAGCCAGAGAUUCAAUUGAAGCAGGUGUAUUUCAAUCCGUUUGAUGACAGGACGAUGGUUUGUAUUGUGUGUCGGAAUGUGGACCUGUUUCGCAAUAUGAUGCUGCAUUCUCGAUGCAUUAAUUUCAUCAGGAAGAAGAAUGCGUUGUGUAUGUUCCCAGAGGAAUUGAGCGAGUUUGAGUUGAAUUAUGAUAAGGGAAUUGUCCGUCGCUUCUUCUACGGUGUGCAGUACGAUCUGAGUCGGGAUAUUUUAGGCACGCAGGUGCCGGUUGCCUAUGUGCACAAAAGAUACUUUCAUUGCUUGUUGUGUUACAAUUCGCGCGUUGGAAGGAUGAUUAGGAAUAUUGAUAUGUGGAAGAAUCAUUUGUAUCGGUAUCAUUGCAAGCCAGGGCCUGCGAGGGAUGAGAAUCUGCGUAGAGUGAUUGAGUUCCAUGAGUAUUGGGCGGCGCAGACUGCGGAACGUCAAGUUUAUUUGUGUCACUUUACGUUGAAAAACCAAGGCGUCGGCUGCGAUCAAGAGCAUUUCCUGCCGCUGGAGAAAUCCGUCGAGCACGUCGAAGUGCACACAGACUGCCAACUGCUGAAAAUCAUCCAACAGGAAGAGAAUUCACGCGAAAACAUGCAGCAUGUCCCAAAUGAUGCAGAUAACAAUAAGAAUCCAGGUGGUGCCAAGCAUAAUAUUGUGUUAAUCUACCCCAAGGCAAUCGAGAAUGGAGAAAAUGGUGCAGCAUCCAGUUCAAAACCUACGAUUAACUUGCCUUGUUAUUUACUUGAGCAUACCAAAUAUUUCCAGGCAAUUGUGGGUGAACCAGAUGUGGUGAAUUGUUCGAUUUGUAAGGAAAUGAUGGGGAAUAGUGUGAAAACUUUGAGGCAUCAUGUUGCAUCUGAUAAACAUGGACAGGUGGCGCAUAAUAUGCACAAAGUGAAGUAUUUUUGUGAUACUUGUAAUAAUGAUCAGUUUUUCAAUGAGAAGAGGUGGAUGGCGCAUUUGGAGAGCAAUGAUCAUUUGCAUAUAUUGAAAAAUAUGCCUGAAGAGCGGCAGAUUGCUAUGACAGAGUAUUAUUGCCGUCGGUGUCGUUUGGUGAUAUUCGGUGAUGAGAUUUCGAAGAUCAGACAUGAGGAAAGUGGCGCGCGUAGUGCUAAAAAACAACAAGACAUUCUAACGCCUCAAAUGAAGGAUCUUCUCAAAUCCCGCCGUCACAUCGAGCAGAACGGCCAGCGACUCCUCGCAAAAUGCGCGCAAUUCCGCGAAAACUCCCGCGAUAAAGUCACACAAUGCAUCGGCGACCUAGAAACACUCAUCAAAACCAGCUAUCCAAACUGUCGCAUCUACCAGUUCGGUUCACGUGUCGCCGGAUUCGUUGUUGAGGACAGCGACUUGGAUCUAUUCGUAGACGUAGACAAUAAAUACCUUGGCCACGACCUCGACUACCACGGCGAGCGUAAAAUCGUCCAGGAAGUACGCACACUGCUCAAAUCCGACCCACGUACCUACAUCGACCUGCACACGGUCCUCUCCGCACGUGUACCAAUCGUCAAAGUCGUCCACGCACCCACCGAACUCGACUGCGACUUGUCCUUCAUCAAUGGCCUUAGCGUGGAAAACACACGCUUGAUUAAAUUCUACGCUGACAUCCAGCCGAAAUUCGGCGAGGCUAUGCUUCUACUCAAAGAAUGGGGCGCGUGUAUGGCUUGUAAGCUGCGCAACGACAUGACUAGCUAUGCGCUAUGCAUGAUGUUGAUUUUCAACAUGCAAAUCGACAGGUAUUUGCCAUCUGUGCAUGAACUGCGCAUGCGUAGCACCUUUGACGUGCCUAAUAUCAACGGAUGGGAUACCAUUGAUUAUUCUAAACUGGAUCAGAGUAGAAUCAUGGAGAAUUACAAGCAGCCAGAAAGUGUCGCGGAUAUUUUACAGAGUUUCUUUGAGUAUUACUCGCGUACUUUCAAUUACGCCCAGCAGGUGGCGUGUCCGUUGUUGGGGCGCACGUUUUCGGUGAAAUCUUUUGCUGAUAAAGGUGUUAAUACGCCGGAGGAGAUGCAUACGUAUAGAGAGAAGGUGGCGGUGGAUCCUGAUGCGCAGUUUAAAGUUGGUUCGCAUAUGUUCGUGCAGGAUCCGUUUGAUUUGGGGCAUAAUUUGGCGAAGAUGGCGAACCAGCAGUUUGUUAACAAGUUUAAGAAUUUGUGUAGGCUUAGUGCCAUGCAUAUUAAGAGCUAGGUUAGGUACGCGUUGACAGAUGUGUUGCAUACAAACUUAUUUUUUUAUAUUUUAUUCGGAGAUUGUGGAAAUGAUUGAUUUUAAAUGAUGUUUGAAUUUUAUAUGAUCUUAUAUUCUAAUAAAGUGUUCUUACUAAGUGA